UCCCGGGGUUGCUGUCGAAAAAAUGACUCCCACGGACGUCGGCGUAUCGAUUGCGUUUGUUUGGGAAUACGAAUUAAAUUCGUGACAAACGCUCCGGCCGAUUUAAUUGGUUUGUUUAUCGCGUUACCCGGGCCUAUCGUUCAUAUCCUCCUCGGUUUACAAUUUUCUACGUGAUCGAUGUUCGGCAUUGCACUUUAAUUAGUGGUGGUGGUUUCGUGCGGCCGACAUCUGGGUCAGCAUGAAGUAGUGUCUCGACGUAUCGAGUAACCGCGGCCCCGUUUCGAUCUACAAAUAAGCCCCAGUAUGGAUGGGAGAUCGUUUCCGGAAUGGAUUUUGGGGAUGCGCUAUCCCGCGCUAGGGGUUUAGACACGGUAAGGGCGCUGCACCAGACUAUAGUGGCGCUGAGGGCUGCCCUCGAGCAGAGCAAAAGGGAAAUUUUGGAACUGAAAGCGAAAACGACGCCCGUCGAGCCGAUACGGGAUACUUUAGGUAAUUUGUCCGUCGAAAAUCAUGUGCUGCGUAAAACUGUUGUCGAUAAGACCGAAGACGAGCGAGCUGGCGCCCAGGCGGAAGCGUUAGGCGAUGAGAAACCUAAACACGUAACCAUAGUGCCACCGAAAAAGUCUUGCGAAAGAUUGGUAGCGAAAAUACGCGUCAAAGCGCGAAAAAGCCACGGCGAUAAGUGUUCGAGGUCGCUCGAAAGCCUGACGGUGGUGAAGGCGCCGGCCGACAAGAAAUUCAGCUUCACCAAAACGAUAAGUUUUUCAAAUUUGACGACCACGACCAGGGAGUUUCAAUUUAAAAAGGAAUUCGACGGGGGCGGAGCCCGCGAAGACCUGCAGGCGCCCGAGAUGGAUGAUAAAAAAGAGGAAUACGAUGAAACCGAUAUGGACGAGAUGCUGAGCCCGCAGAAUGAUUUGGAACAGGAGGUGGACGAUAUAGAAUUAAUAUUCACCACCGACGACACCAAAGAGCAGGAUUUUAAAGAGCAAUUGGUGCCCAUCGAUUUGAGGGAGUCCUCCAACUCGAACCUGUUACACAUGCCGUUGAGCGACAUCGAUCAGAUAUCAGAUAAGGAGCUGGACGAUGACGUUUUCAACGACGAAAAUGAAAACCCGGAGAUGUCGAGUUUUCCGGUGAAACGCGAGGACUCAAUGUUCAAUUCCAAGUCGGACAAUUCGAUCAACCACGAGGAGAAAAGCCUAAAAAGUUACUAUUCUUAUCAAGACUCGAGUUUCGAGAACAAAUCGUUGGAGAAGGAUGAGAGUUUCGAUCGGUUCGAGGAGAGGAUAAGAAUCGUCGAGACCGACAUCUCCAAAGUUGGGAUUCAUGAAGUCGAAUAUGUGGGUGGGAGGAGGAACACGUGUCCCAAUCCUAUCCAGUACAGACCCCUACCGCACAGGGAAGCGAUUUCGAAAGGACUCAACCCGAGAAAAGCGAGGCCCAUACUGACCCAUUCGAAUGCUAUUAGACGCGAUUCAGGCGCUCAAACCGACAUCUCAGCUAUUCCGGGUUCAUCGUGGAGGUCCGAGAGCAGCCUGGCGAGCAAAGCCCGCCUAGGUGAAAAUUUCACCACCCUCCCUUCGAAAUUCCCUUUGCCGGGCACCCGGCUCAGACUGUCCGAGAAAACGGUGGAGGCGCGUCGGGUUCUACUCUCGGACAUCGGUUUCACCAGCAUGGUCCCCGAACUUUCGAGGUCCGCCGAUCACCUAUGCCCCGGCAACCUGAAGCCGCCCACCGUCACUACAUACGGUCAGUUUUUGCGCACUACCGACCUCUAUUCACCCGGAUGUAACUCGCAAAAAUUCACGUGGACAGGCACCACUGCCACCCCCAGCGAGUGCAGCCAGACUCACUCGCGUUACAGCAGCAUUUACCCCCUGUCUUCGCCUCCCGCCCCUUCGAGGAGAUGUUCGGCGCCGGUAUCGCCAUCUCGGAGGGCCGUAUUAAGACCCACACCUUCCAAGGUUAGGUUCGCGAACGGGUCUUUGCCCGAGCUGAGGGGCGACUGGACCACCGUGGACAGCGGGGACAGCACUGAUUCGCUCGUCGAAGAAGCUGAGAGUUAUUUGAGGAGGUCUAUUGAUUGUAUCGUGUCCGGCAGAGAGAUGUCCGCCACAUAUUCGAGCGAGCCCAAAAGGUCAGUGCCUCGUAGGGCUUCGGCCCCGGAGCCGUCGAGGGACAACGUGCCGCCCAUAGGGUGGCAGCCGUUCUUGCCUCGUCUGCCCAGAGACUUGAAACCGGAUCACUGGGUAAAGGUGAUCACCCCCGAGGGAAGGGUGAGGGGCGGCAGGGUUAGGUACGUGGGCCCCAUGGUUACCCAGAGCCAAGAACACUUUGUGGGGGUGCAAUUGGCCGGUCCCGAUGGCGUCAGCGACGGCACCUAUGGUAACCGGAGGUACUUCCUCUGCGAGCCUUGCCACGGGCUGUUCGUGCCGUUUAAAAAAGUGAUAAUGGGUUGGAGACCGUAAUUCUUCCGCUACAAAUCAAACUUUCCGUGUGUGGUUCAAGUUAGCCAUUGGAGCGAAAGUACUCUAUCUUUCAAAGACAUUAAACUAAAGGGAAGACCCAACAAGUCAUUCAUCCCGCUUGGUAUCUCUCAAAACUAUUAGAUAGAGUCAAUAUCCACAUGAUAAUUUUCAUAUUAUCGAAACAGGUUAGUGUGAAAAUUUCCUUACCGAUUGAUAUUGGGAGACAGACCUACUUUUUGAUUGCAUGAGUUGUAGGAAUACAGGUCUCUCUUGUGGUUUAAUGUCUUUGGUAAUACCUAUUUAGAAAUUAUAUGGCCUAUUCUUUUUCCAAAAACUAAUAUAAGGUUCUCUAGAAAAUAAGUUGAAAACUUCCAAAAUAUCUUUACCAAUGUGAUUCUCUAAGAGGCUUUGCGGCAGUUUUUAUUCUCCUGAGCGGUCCUGGUAGAAUGAUAAUGAUAAAAUAUUAAAAAUGUGCCAACCUUCAUUCCAAAAACAUUACAUUACAUACAGUACCCGACCCGAUCACUGGCAAAUGCCAGCCUAUUUUAGAACAAACUGUACCAGCAAACCAGGACUUAGUAGUAAAUAAAAUUUUAAGAAAAUGUAAAAAAUUGUUACAGUAUUACAACUUAAUAUAUGAAGAAAUA